GAGCGAGUGGCUGAACUCCAGGUGGACCAGAUCUUGACCGAGAGUGAGACACGAGAGGCAGUUAUGGACCAGUUUGCAAGGCAUAAUUACACCAAAGAAGCCACCACCACUGGACCAAAGCACCCCAGUUUCAUGACAUGGAUAGUGGAAGUAACAACACACUUCUUAAUAUGGACACUGAAAAUGUUGUGUUUUACGUUGGAGGUUACCCACCUGAUUUUCAACUUCCAAGUAGAGUAAGAUUCCCUCCAUACAAAGGUUGUGUUGAAUUAGAUGACCUUAAUGAAAAAUGUUGUGAGCUUGUACAACUUCAAAAAAACUUUCAAUCUCAACACAACUGAAGUAGAACCUUGCAGACAGUGAGUGAAACUGGGUGGCCAGCAUCUCUGUACCUGGGAUGGGAACUGACUAUACUUCCACAUGUGGGAAGGGAUGGCCAGUGGGAUGCCAUGGAUACUGCUUGUCAUUUUGGGCUUACAGUUCUUAAAUUAUCUUUGCAUGCAACAAUAGCAGUGCAUCCCUAAAUCUAACAAUGGUGGGUUUUUCCUAACUUGAAUAAAACUUUUGACUGAUAGGGUUCUCUAAUUAA